AAAAUAUUGAGUAGCCUGGUUGGUUUUAAAUGAGCCCUAGCCCAUAACAACGUAUGCCCCAUAAUUUGAGGUUUUAUGGCAUACAUUGUUUACCAACCAAGACAAGAAGCUUCAGAUAUUGACGAGAUCCAAGAGGGUGAAGCAUCAGAAUUGUGAUUGAACAGAUCCGGGACGCUGAAGAUGCCAUCCAUGUGUCUGCUUCCGAUUUAUUUCGAUGUAGGGUUGGAGGAUGAGGCGGAGGCGCUUGACGAGGAGCAGAGUUCUGAGGAGGGCGAUGGUUCACCACUUCAGAAGAGGGCUAAGACAGAAGACGAGGAAAGCGAUAACGAUGAUUUUACUGGGCCGACCCUGACGGAAGAGCAAAUGGAGUUAUUCUUAGCUUACCAGGAUCACGUUCGAAAGUAUCAUGGUUUUCAUGUGGAUAUGAGUUUAUGGCCGGAUGGUGUUGGUAUCCUUGGUGGAAUUGAGCCUGUGGAUAUUGAGAACGAUGCAACCGAAAAAGCUGAGGUUUAUGAGGCAGCUCGUCGUGCAAUAAAGAUGCACAAACUUGAGAACCCCGAGGUUAUAUGUUCUUUUCACAUGUUAUUAUUAGUUACCAAAUACCGAUUGAGACUAUUGGUUUCCAAUUUAUGCAAUGCAGAGUCCGGAGCUGGAACUUGUACGGGUUAUUCGAGCCAACACAAAUUACUACGCUCUUUUCAUAACCAUGGUGGUUAAAGACGUGGCUUCGGAAAAAGAGGCAAAUUAUCAAGCACUCGCCAACUACUGGGCAAGAAAAGAUGGAUCAGUCUAUUUCCGAUUGUUCUUCUUAAGGCCAGAACCAAAACAACAUAGAAUAGAAGAUGUGGUUAGUACUUUCUAAAUGAAUAUGAGUAAACUAUUUCAUGCUUUGUUUAUGUAAAGUUGUUGGACCGAUUACACUUUCAGAUGUGUUUUAAUGCAAAAAUCAUUCUUUAUUUUAUUAUUACACUUUGC